AUGGCGGCGCCGACCCUCCCCGUCGAGCUCAUCCUCCAGACGAUCCUCCUCUCGCUCGACUCGGCGCCAACGACGCCUCGCCCGCUCAGCGACCCGCCCUCGUCAGCCUCGGCCGGCUCAACCACGCCUCGCGUCGACGAGGAAGACCGACGCGCCGCCGCGACCGUCUCGCCCUCCCGCACGAGCCUCGUGCGCUUGUACACCCUCACAAGCCGCACUUUCCGCUCCCUCUCCCAGCCCCUCCUCUUCCGCCAUCCCGUCCUUCCUACACCCACAUCCCUCCGCACCUUCAUCGCCGCCGUCGAGAACGAGGAGGACGGCGGACGCCUGGGCGAGGCGGUGCGCAGCCUGACGGUCGGACCCGCGAGCGCAACGAGCUGCGGCGCACGCCUCGGCGCGAGCGCGUGGAGCUGCGCGUCGGUGGACCUGGGCAGAUUGGCGCGAGCGUGCGGGAACGUGCGGGAGCUCACGCUGCGCGGCGUCGAGCGCAUGCGCCUGGACGACCUCGUCGAGAUGCGCCACCUGCGCGCCCUGACCAUCGAGGGCUCCUCUCUCGCGUCGACGAGGGACCGGCCGCUCGUCCCCGCCCUCCCCGCCCUCCCCGUCACCAACCUCGCCCUCAUCAACUGCCGACCCUCGCCCUCGUCCCUCAACUCCGCCAUCUUCCCAUCCGUCAAGGCUCUGCACCUCGUCGUCCCCGGCGCGAGUCGAGCCGCCCCCGACGAGCUCGUCGACUUCCUGCGAGGCGUCGCGCCGCAGUUGCGCUCCCUCUCGGUCCACGAUCAAGCCGCACACGAUCCCGCCACGAGCCUGUCGCUCGUCCAUCCCGACAUCAUCGAGACGAUCUAUGACGCGUUCCCCUCCAUGACCUCCCUCGUCCACCUCGACGUCGUCAACGCCAUCCCGACGCACGCCCUCUCACUCCUCCCCCUCUCGACCCUCGCCUCCCUCCGCACCAUCUCCCUCUCCCUCGACGGCGUCCUCGCGAGCGGUGCGGCGCGCAAAAAGCUCCGCUGGGCGCCCCUCGCCGACUCGCUCCUGCACGACGCCCUCGCGGCCCUGCGCAUCCUCCUCCUCCCGCCAGAGGCCCUCUUUCCCUACAAGGGCGUCAACGCCGACGACCUGGCGACGCUCUCGAGCUGGGUUCGCGCCCUGCAGCGCAGCAAGGCGCUCGAGCGCGUCGUCCUGCCCUCGAGGGCGUCCGAGGAUGGGCUCGGCGAGAUGGUGCGCGAGCUCCGAGGCGAGCUCAAGCGCUGGGACCGGCGGGUCGAGCUCGUCGAUGCCGGCGUCGAGGUCGACUUGGACGUCGAGGGACGGUCGGGACGAGGCGGGUUCUGGAGCGAGGUCCGGCGUAGGGAGCGGGAGGAGCGCGAGGCGAGCGGGGCGGGCGAGGGCUCCUUAUGA